AUGGCUGCCGUGUUAAGGUCCCUUGGUACUGUAAUGGCAAUUCAAAUUAGAGCUCGGGUUCAGCGACUCCAAAUGGCAGAUGAAACAAGAAAAACUUCCAAGGACUUAGCUUUGGACAACCAGUGCAGGAAUGGAUUCCGGAAAGACACGAGUGAGAAUAUACACGAUAGAAGGGGAGCUUUGAUGAGCAAAAGUACACACAUAAAUCAUACUCUUGCUGGAAGAGUGGAACGUGGAUUUGCGCGACGAAGUUUGAGAUGGUACCCUGCUUGGUCUAAAUCUGAGUACAGAAAGACACCUUUUGAUGAUCCUCCUCUUCAACAACUCUCAGAUUUCAUACCUACUGACUCCCAAUUCGUACCAAAUUAUAUGUCUAAUACAAAAUCAUUAGAAGCAAAAUCUAGGUCACAUAGCAAACUGAAACAACGUCCCAAAUGGGAAAAGAAACCAAAAAGCAGCAGACGAGGAUCGUCAAUGGAUGGGAAGAAUGACAAAGAUAACUUAUACCCUUGGUUAAUCAAGCUUUACGGAUCUGACAAAUUUAGAAAUGAGAGGGAUUGUGAUUCCAUAAGUACAAUGACCAGUAAUUCUAACCACAGACGGUUACUAAUCACAUUUGAAAUUAUGUUGAGUUUUCUGUUUAUUUUAAUGAGUUUCAUAACACUUGAGGCCUCUGAUUUCAUUCAUUUGACUGCAUCCUGUGAAUUUGUACUAAUUCUUCAUGACCAAGUAUGGAAUGUCACGGGUGAUCAAGAUGAUGAAGAUGGAGAUUGA